ACCUUCCUUCCCGCCGUCAUCUCCUCGCGCUCCUCCUCACUCCGCGCCGGCUCUUGUUCGCGUCGCAUCGCGCCAUGGCCUCCUCAUCCUCUGCUGCGGCGCCGCCAGAGCGCUCCAUCUUCGGCUGGGACCCGCGCGACGAGACGGCAUCGAUCGUGGGCGACUGGAUCUGGCGCUACGGGCGCGGCGUGGCCGACCUCGAGAUCGAGGCGAAGAUCGGGCGCAUCAUCGACUCGCACACGGGCGAGCGGCUAGCCUUGCCAGUCGCGAGCGAGACGAUCCUAAACAUGCAAGAAGGCUGGCGCUUCGAGAGCAGCAUGUCGCAGCCCCAACAUCAGCAGCUCAACAACCUUCUCAACUCCCUCGUCACGCCCUCGCGACGAGUGUCGUACCGCCGCGUGCGCGAGAUCGACUAUGCGUACCGCAAUCGUGUGCGCGUGACGCGCGACAGCGACACGCUAGCCAUCCGGCAGCCGCACGGCAUCAUCCGCAAGAACCGCCUCGCAGACAUGAACAUCUACUGCCCCAAUCAGGGCUUCGACUUUCGCAUCAGCAUCAACACGGAGACGGACGUUGACGAGGAGCCGACAGAAGAGUCGACGUCGCACCGCGAGAAGAAUCGCCUCUGCUACACGCACCAGGGCUUCGAGGUCGAUCUGACGCAGGUGACGCGGCCAGAGAAGCCACAAGAACCGCUGCACGAGCUCGAGGUCGAGAUCUGCGACACGGCUGCGCUGCUCCGGCUCGCCAGCGCCGCCAAGUCCGCACCGGCGGCGAACCCGCAAGAGUGGAGCGACUACGACGACUUCAUCCUCGUCUUCCUCAAUAACGUGCGCAUGCUAAUUCGACAAGUGACGCCGUAGACAGACACUGCAAUGCAUGCAUGCUAUACCAGGCGCAGAGGCUCGUGUGCGCGUGUGCAAGGCUCUACUGCCCGUGCUUGCGUGAGGGCGUCAGGUCUGACUAGCGGCUGAGCUGGAGCCCCGAGGAGCAUCUCACGCAGCAGCUCCUGGCCGUGUGAGCACGGUCCUCGAACUCGCACUGCAGAAUCUUCGAGUCUCGUGCGCAGCC